AUGCAUCAGGUAUUCUACUUCGUCGGCCUCAAGUACAGCAGCGCGACGGUGGCGUCGGCGCUGAACAACACGCUCCCGGCGGUGACUUUCGUGUUGGCGGCAGCUCUGAACAUGGAGCCUGUGGCAGGGGUCGCAGGGCGGGCCAAGAUGGCCGGCACAGUCCUCUGUGUAGUCGGCUCUAUGGUGAUGACCUUCUACUCGGGCCCCGUCGUCAGGACCAUGGACUCCUCGAUCAGCUGGCUAUACGUCCAGCGCACCAUGGCCACCGAGGCGGCGGCCGACGCCGGCGGGCAAGCGGCCAUUCUUGGGGCAGUGCUCGUCAUUGCCUCCACCGGCACAUUGGCCGUUUGGUUUAUCAUCCAGAAGAAGUUGUCCAAGAGCUUCGCCUCUCCAUUCACAAGCACUGCUUUGAUAGCGUUGAUGGCCAGCUUCCAAUGCGCCAUCAUCGGAGUGGCCGCUGAGCCAAGGCUCUCGUCGUGGGCGCUCGGGUUGGACAUUAGGCUCAUUGGCUCUCUCUACGUGGGGCUUGUGAAUGAGAGUUUCCCUCUAUUCAAGCCAGGUAUCAAAAUGACCUAG